AUGUAUUACGCUUUACAGUGCACUGGUUAUCAUUUCAACCAUUAUUUCAUGUGUAUCCGAUCCUCCAUUUAAAUGAAUUAAUUGAAAUUAAAUAUGUUUUUAAAACAAUAUUCAUAAACACGGUGUAUAAGUAAAGCAUUUGCUUAAAGUUUGUUGUGUUCAUAGAAAUAGCAUUUUAAUUCUUAUAAAAUAAAUAAAACCUUUAAGUCUACGUUCAUUAUUGAGGCCAUAUAUUGAGGUCAGGAGUGCUGCAUUUAACGAAAGACCCCCAACUGCGUUUUCUAUCACAAAACAAGGACAUCAAGGACGUUAUAAUAUAUAUUUGUUUAUUACCACUGUUAAUAGUUCUACACAAGUACUUAUAAUUUUUUUUGCCUAUAUCAUUCCCACUUUUCCUUUGAUUUAUACAUCCUUCCAUUUUAUGAUCUUUUUCUAUCUUACUUUUGACACUACUUAUUUAUCUCUCUUGCGCCUAUUUCCUUUAUGUUCUCUCUUUCUAUUUCACGACAUUUCCACUCCUUGUCUAUCUCUCUUAAUCUUUCCUGUUCUGUCGAAUCGAACUAGCCUCCCUUCCUGCGAAUUUACGUAGAUAUUUCUACUUGUGAACGGUUCCAACCUUCAGGAUGCAAGCUAUCAAAUGUGUUGUCGUAGGAGACGGAGCAGUAGGUAAAACAUGUCUCCUCAUAAGCUACACUACCAACGCUUUCCCUGGAGAAUAUAUUCCAACUGUAUUUGACAAUUAUUCCGCAAAUGUUAUGGUGGAUGGUAAACCAAUAAAUCUUGGUUUAUGGGACACAGCAGGCCAAGAAGAUUAUGACAGAUUAAGACCGUUGUCUUAUCCACAGACAGAUGUUUUUCUGAUCUGCUUUUCUCUUGUUAACCCCGCCAGUUUUGAAAAUGUUCGUGCUAAAUGGUAUCCAGAAGUACGCCAUCAUUGUCCAGCUACUCCAAUUAUUUUAGUAGGGACUAAAUUAGAUUUACGUGAAGACAAAGAGACUAUUGAGCGGUUAAAAGAUAAAAAACUUGCACCUAUUACAUAUCCUCAGGGUUUGUCCAUGGCAAAAGAGAUUGGUGCUGUAAAAUAUUUAGAAUGUUCUGCUCUUACUCAGAAAGGUUUGAAAACAGUAUUUGAUGAAGCAAUUCGCGCAGUAUUGUGUCCUGUUCUUCAAGUGAAACCAAAACGCAGAUGUUUCCUUCUAUAAUAUUAAAUGUCCAACGACGGUGGAGCAUGUGCAAAUGUACUACCCCUCCUCCGAUCGGACUUGAUUGCAGCAGGACAUCUAACUUUGAUUAAAAAAACCCCGUUGUACGGUCCAUCUCUCUACAAGCAUCUGCCAUGAAAGCGCACAAACCAAUUUAUAUAAUGCGUAUAAAAAGAUAAAGAAGAAAAUAUAUGCAAUUUAAGUGUUUUGGACAUUAGCUGAAUGUUCUGAUGAGAGAAAGGAAGCCAAAUGAAAACUGAACUGAUAAUGUACAGUAUAUUAGAGUGUGUUAUUAAUAUUAGUUAUUACAUACGAAUUAUAAGAAAUUAAACAUUAUGUAUGUGCGUUUGUGAGCGCACUAGAUACUAAUCAAUUUAAUAGAAGAGCUGAACCAUUUUAUGUAAAUUUGCAUUGUAUAUUUUAGAUUAAAAAUGUAAUCAGACAAUUUUGUCAUUUUUAAAUUUUUGGUAUACAAAGAGAUUGAUACAUUAAAAACAUUAAAGUAAAAAAAUAUUUGAAUAUGAACAGUACAUAUUAACGGGAGUUGUUUUUAAUUUUUAAAUAAAUUGAAUUUUCCAGCUAAUAAUUUAAGUGUAACUAAUCAUAAAUUAUAUCUUUCAUUGUAAAUAUACAAUUGCAAGUAUGUAACAUGAAAUGAUUUUCAUCUUUAACUAAAUUGGUUGAUAUUACUAUAUACAUACCAUGGAAUAAGAUAAUCAUGUAAGUUUUAGAAAUGAGCGAUACAAGUGUGAUUUCAAUUCUCUACCUCUCCUGUAUUUUCAUGUUGUUGCAAUUUUGCUGUAAUUCAUACGCACAACAUGGCUAAAAGAAUAAAAUAUCAGAGGUAGAGGAAAAUGGUACGUGUGUAUGAAUGUUUAAGAGUGCAUACGAAAGCCAAGAGAGAAAGACAGAAGAAGGAAUUAUUCUAUAACAAAUAAUUGUACAUAAAUGGUAAAAGUCCAAACUGUAUUCCUAUCAUUAUCAUUUUACAUGUAUAAGCUGCUGAAUCUAAAUCGGACGUUACUUGUUUUUUAUAUAUAUAUUAUAAAUAUAUAUAAAGUGGGGCUGGACCGAGAUCUAUUUCAAUCGUCGCAGAUCCACUGACCUGUGCAAUCUAUCCGGGGAAUGGGGAUUCAGUCCAUAAAAAUAUCAUAGAUACUGUAACUAAAUAUGCUUUAUUAAAUGGGUGUUUAUUAAA